AUGUCGAUGGGUAUGGAUUUGGAACUUGGUAUCUAUCCUGCAGCCAAACCCUUAUAUCCAGAUGGCAACAAGUUGAGACUUAUGUUUCUCAGUAAAGCCCGCACAGAGUGUGGUGUCCCAGUGAGCCUAGCCUGUCAGCUGGUAGAUCCGAGUGGGGAGCUCGAACCAUUUAAAGAGGACAGUGUGUCGGAGACCUUCUUUGCACCCCACUACUUCAAAGAACUCUUCUUCGUGAAUAGGAAGUCCAUACCAUCUGCUUAUCUCCGGGACGAUUCUUUGACUCUGCGAUGUGCCAUCACAAUGCUCAAGGAAUUACCAGUGCAAACCAUCCCAGCUGAAGAGGUGAUCACUCUACCAUCCACCAAUUUGCACCGGCACCUCGGCGAGCUCCUGGAGAGCGAGACGGGAGCCGAUGUCACCUUUCUCGUGUGCGACGAGUCGUUUGCUGCACACAAGGACAUACUUGCCGCAAGGUCUCCGGUUUUCAAGGCCCAGUUCUUUGGAGACAUGAAGGAGAAGUGCUCGCAACGUGUGGAGGUGAAGGACAUGGAGGUGGCAGCAUUCAGGGCCAUGCUGCACUUCAUCUACACCGACACGGUGCCCGAGCUUGAUCAACCGCUCGAGGCGGUGGCGACGCUCGCUCAGCAUCUGCUUGCGGCUGCUGACUGGUACGGUCUCGAUAGGCUCAAGCUGAUUUGUGAAGUAAAGCUGUCUGGUGGCAUCACUGUUGACACCGCAGCGACAACUCUUGCUUUGGCGGAGCAGCACAAUUGCUUGAAGCUCAAGGCCAAAUGUGUCGAGUUCAUCACUGCUAAAUGA